AUGACUUCACCGAUCACACAGUCUGUGACUGCGACAGCAUCUCCGACAAUAGCAUUGGGCGGAGAACCAUUUGCGAAUGCCUCGCUAUACGUGGGCGAUCUCGACGGAAAUGUAAACGAGGAGCAACUCUAUGAUCUAUUCAGUCAGGUAGCACAGGUUGUUUCAAUUAGGGUUUGCAGGGAUCAGACCAAGCGAUCCUCUCUUGGUUACGCCUAUGUCAAUUUUGCUAACGCUCAGGACGCAUCCAAUGCAAUGGAUAUUUUGAACUUCACUCACGUUAAUGGAAAACCGAUACGAAUUAUGUUUUCUCAACGUGAUCCAAGCAUUCGGAAAAGUGGAUAUGGCAAUGUGUUCAUCAAGAACCUGGAUACAUCAAUUGAUAACAAAGCACUACAUGACACUUUUGCUGCUUUUGGCACUGUACUUUCUUGUAAACUAGCUACUGAUAGUGUUAGUGGCCAAUCAAAAGGUUAUGGUUUUGUUCAGUUUGAUAAUGAAGAGACUGCCCAGAAUGCAAUCAAACAGUUGAAUGGCAUGUUGAUAAAUGAUAAACAAGUUUACGUUGGAUUCUUUGUUAGGCGUCAGGCACGGACAAAUGGGUCACCUAAAUUUACUAAUGUAUAUGUGAAAAAUUUAUCUGAAACAUUCACUGAUGAGGAUCUCACUAAACUAUUUGGUUCCUACGGAACAAUAACUAGUGCAACCAUCAUGAAAGAUGUAAAUGGAAAAUCAAGAUGUUUUGGAUUUGUAAAUUUUCAGAAUCCAGAUUCAGCUGCUGCCGCAGUCGAAAGUCUAAAUGGAAGUACUACAAAUGAUAAGAUUUUAUAUGUGGCUAGAGCUCAGAAGAAAGCAGAGAGAGAGGCUGAAUUAAAAGCUAAAAUAGAACAGGAAAGGAUGAUUAGAUAUGAAAAAUUACAAGGAGCAAAUUUAUAUUUAAAGAAUCUUGAUGACAACUUGACUACAGAAAAGUUGAAAGAUCUUUUUUCGGAAUUUGGGGCCAUAACAUCUUGUAAGGUGACGGUUGAUUCACAUGGACAUAGCAAAGGGUCUGGUUUUGUCGCUUUUUCUACUCCUGAGGAAGCUAGUAACGCAUUGAAUGAAAUGAAUGGCAAAUUGAUUGGACGAAAACCUCUUUACGUUGCUGUGGCCCAGCGUAAAGAAGAGAGGAAAGCCCAUUUGCAGGCUCAUUUCGCUCAACUCCGAUCAACGGGCGGGAUGGCAAUGCCGUCUGGUAUCCCUGUAUAUCAUCCAGGGACACCAAGACUUCCUCAUCAACAAUUAUAUUUUGGUCAAGGCACGCCUGGCUUCAUUCCUUCCCAGCCUACUGGAUAUUCGUUCCAACCUCAAAUUUUGUCUGGAAUGCGUCCUGCUUUUGCACCCAAUUUCAUUAAUCCUUAUCAUCCUCUUCAAAGACAGGUCCAGUCUGGAUAUAGGACAGGAGUUCGACGAAAUGGAAACCUUCAACAGGUGCAACAGAACCAGAAUCAGAUGCUAAAUCGUAAUUCCAACCAAGGAUAUCGAUACAUGUCAAAUGGUCGGAAUAUUCCAAAUAUGCAUAUGCAUUUUGAUGGUUCUGGAAUAGCAACACCUAAUAAUAUUCAACAUGCUGGAACAUUGUCUACUACACUUGCAUCAGCUCUUGCAUCUGCCACUCCAGAAAAUCAGCGCAUGAUGUUGGGUGAACAUCUGUAUCCUUUGGUGGAGCGACUCACGACAAACCAAUACACAGCGAAGGUUACUGGAAUGUUAUUAGAAAUGGACCAGUCAGAAGUAAUCAAUCUCAUUGAAUCCCCGGAAGAUUUAAAAGCAAAAGUUUCGGAAGCCAUCAAAGUAUUGAAUGAGGCCGUACCUGUCAUCAUCGCUGAAUGA